GGGCGGGGCCCCUCCUUGCCCUGCCCACCUUACCCCUACGGUGCUGGGCUCUUGCUCUGGAUCCCGGCUGGCUUGUUGCAGGAGCAGGAGCAGGAGCAGGAACAGGAGCCGGAGUAAAGCAGGGGUAGGGGCAGGAGCAGGAGCCGGAGCAGGAGCAGGAGUAGGAGUCCAGCCGAUCCGAAGCCUUGAGGCAGUCUGAGGCCAGAGCCCGGGAGCUCAAACACAAACAUCAUGGAACUAUAUUUUGGAGAAUAUAAGCAUGUACAGCAGGAGUAUGGAGUACAUCUUAGGCUUGAAAGUGAAGAGACCAAAAAAUCAAGACUUUCUCAAAAUGCCAAGACAGGAUCAUAUGGUGUCAGUAUUAGGGUACAAGGAAUCGAUGGCCACCCAUACAUUGUACUGAAUAAUACAGAGAGAUGUUUGGCAGGUAUUCCUUUUGCAGAGAAUGGGCCAUCAUUUACAUCUCCAGGAAUCAAUGACCUAGGUCUACAUUCCAACAUGGAUCCCAGGCUGGAAGAGAAAGCCAGUGAAGAAAUACAGUUCCCAGAAAACCCAUAUGUACAGCCCAGUGCUUUUAGAAGUCUAAAGCCAGCUAGUCUAUAUGAAGGUAAAAAUGGACUUCUUGAGCACAAAGAUAGUUCACUAAAAUCUUCUAGUAUGUUGAACUUUCAGAGACACCCUGAACUUUUGCAGCCUUAUAAUCCUGAAAAGAAUGAACUGAAUUUAGAGACUCACAAAUCUCCCGAGUGCAACUGGACCAAAAUGCUUACAGAUGAAACUAAAAAUGAUAAGCGUUCUCGAACUUGCUUUUCUAAACCUGCUUCUUCUCAGCCAGCUAGCAUGCCUUCAGGAGAUAUGUCAAAAUGCAAUGUGACAGCCAUUCGUUUGUGCAGCUCAAUUGUGAUAGAUGAUCCCAAGAAACAGGCAUCAGUGUGUCUAAAUGUUCAAAGCUGUGCCAAUGAAGGACUGACAACUGGAUCUUCUACUCCCAGUGAAAAACCCCUUACUACCAUCCACCCUGAUACUCAUCAGGAAAGCAAAAAAAUCCGGCCAGAUGUUCUCCCCUUUCGCCGACAAGAUUCUGCUGGACCAGUAUUGGAUGGUUAUAGGUCACGAAGGUCUUCAUCAUCCUCAGUAACCCCCACUUCAGCCAACUCUUUGUACAAAUUUUUACUGGAUGACCAAGAUUAUGCCAUCCAUGCUGACAAUGUGAAUCGUCAUGAAAAUAGAAGAUAUAUCCCUUUUAUGCCAGGGACAGGCAGGGAUAUUGACACAGGAUCCAUUCCAGGUGUAGAUCAAUUAAUUGAAAAAUUUGAUCAGAAAGUUGGCUCCCAGAGGAGGGGGAGAUCUGGGAAAAGGAACAGAAUUCAUCCAGAUGAUCGCAAGAGGUCUAGAAGUGUAGAUAGUGCCUUUCCCUUUGGUCUCCAGGGAGAUUCUGAAUACUUAGAUGAGUUUAGUCGAAACUUGGGCAAAUCAAGUGAACAUCUCUUAAGACCAUCUCAAGUUUGGCAGCAGAAGCCCCUAUCUCGAGAACGCCGUCUGCUUUCUGGUGGGAAACAUACCAUGGUAGGACAGACCUCUGGGAAACUGCAGGAACAAGGUCAGGAUUCUCUCGAUGGACAGCCUAGGCUUUCUCAGUUAAAUAAUGCAAACAAAGUUCAUGAAAAUAAAGUUAGCAAAGACAGUGGAAUGAUGGGCCCGACUAUACUCUCAGCACAGAAUAAAAAGGAGGAGAUGAAAACAGCAACUGCAACAGUGGUGUUACAGAAUCAGGCUGCAUCCAUUUUGCCUGAUGCAGGGACAAAGAAAAUUUCCAUCAAGACACUCUCUUCUGCUACAAAUACUCAGGCCACACCUGACCUAUUGAAAGGCCAGCAAGAGCUUGCUCAACAAACAAAUGAGGAGACAGCCAAGCAGAUCCUUUACAAUUACCUCAAAGAAGGGAGCACCGAUAAUGAUGAUGCUACUAAGAGAAAAGUGAACCUGGUCUUUGAGAAGAUUCAGACUUUAAAGUCUCGAGCAGCUGGAAGUGCACAAGGAAACAAUCGAGUUUCUGAUUCAUCCGCUGAAGUCAGAGAGCUUCUGGAACAGAGAAACAAGCUGAACAGGGAGGUUUCAGAACUUCAGAAACAGCUCAACCUAGAAAUUAAGAAUCAGCAAAACAUCAAAGAAGAGCGAGACCGAAUGAGAUCCAACCUUGAGGAGCUUCAAAGCCAACAUGAAGAGAAGGAGAAGGAGACCUUGACCCUUCAGAAACGCCUGGAUGAUAGUGAAAUGGAACUCCGGAAAAAUCUAGAGGAAUUGUUUCAGGUGAAGAUGGAACGGGAGCAGCACCAGACAGAAAUCAGAGAUCUCCAAGACCAGCUCUCAGAAAUGCAUGAUGAAUUGGAUAAUGCAAAACACUCAGAUGAUGGGGAGAAGGGAGCCCUAAUUGAGGAACUAUUACAAACAAAGCGGGAUCUACAAGAUAUUUUAAUAGCCAAAGAGGAGCAAGAAGACCUGCUAAGAAAGAGGGAACGAGAACUCACUGCCUUGAAGGGAGCAUUAAAAGAAGAAGUGUCUAGCCACGAUCAGGAGAUGGAUAAACUCAAGGAGCAAUAUGAUGCAGAACUCCAGGCUCUUCGAGAGAGUGUAGAAGAAGCCACCAAGAAUGUUGCAGUCUUAGCCCAUCGGAGUAGCGCCUCACAACCUACACAGGUGGAAGCAGAAAAUCAGGUGAAAAUCCUAACUGAAGAAAAUGAGAAACUACAGAAAAAAAUCAAAGAACUAGAAGUGAGCAUGACAAAACUUCAGACAGUGGUUGAUGAGAUGAAAUUAGAUGAUGUCAAAAUGAAGGAAAAAAUAAAGAAAUAUGAGGGAGAAAAGCAGCAAUUAGAAGAGGCCCUUUUAAGUGCCAGAGAACAAGAAAAGGAAAUACUCUCAGCAAAAAGGACUCUGGAGAAUCAGCUAGAGGACAUUAAGAAAAAUCUCAGCCAGGCCACACAGGAGCAGCAACAUCUUUCUGAGAAGUUACAAGAUGAAACAGACCAGAAGGAACAAUUAAGAAGGCUGAAGAAUGAAAUGGAAAAUGAACGAUGGCAACUGGACAAGACCAUUGAGAAACUGCACAAGGAGAUGGCUGAUAUUGUGGAAGUUUCACGGACGUCAACUCUGGAACUCCAGAACCAGCUGGAUGAGUACAAGGAGAAAAAUCGCAGAGAGCUUGCCGAAAUGCAGAGACAGUUAAAGGAAAAAACCAUGGAGGCAGAAAAGUCUCGACUGACAGUCAUAAAAAUGCAAGAUGAGAUGCGCCUGAUGGAGGAGGAAUUACAAGACUACCAAAGAGCUCAAGAUGAAGCACUCACAAAAAGACAACUUCUAGAGCAAACCUUGAAAGACGUUGAGUAUGAAUUAGAGACCAAGAGUCAUCUUAAGGAGGAUCGCAGCAGACAAGUUAAACAAAUGGAGGACAAAAUUUCUCAGCUAGAGAUGGAACUGGAUGAAGAAAGGAACAACUCUGAUUUGUUGUCUGACAGGAUCACCCGGAGCAGGGAACAGAUUGAACAAAUGAGGAGUGAAUUGCUCCAAGAGAGAGCUGUAAGGCAAGAUUUGGAAUGUGACAAGAUUUCCCUGGAGAGACAGAACAAGGAUCUAAAGAGCCGGAUGGUUCACCUAGAAGGUUCAUAUAGAUCUAGUAAAGAAGGACUAGUGGUGCAGAUGGAAGCCAGGAUCUCAGAGCUAGAAGACCGGCUGGAGAAUGAAGAGAGGGACAGAGCUAAUCUUCAGCUGACCAAUAGAAGACUGGAAAGGAAAGUAAAGGAGUUGGUGAUGCAGGUAGAUGAUGAGCAUCUCUCUCUAACUGACCAAAAAGACCAGCUGAGCUUACGUUUAAAAGCAAUGAAGCGCCAGGUUGAAGAAGCAGAAGAAGAGAUUGAUAGGCUAGAAAGUUCAAAAAAGAAGCUUCAGAGAGAGUUGGAAGAACAGAUGGAUGUGAAUGAGCAGCUCCAAGGGCAACUCAAUAACAUGAAGAAGAACUUAAGACACAAGAAGAUGCCAAGUAAAGUGCUGGAUGAUCUUGAUGAUGAUGAUGAUGAUGACGACUUCAGUACUGAUGGGGGUAGUCUAUAUGAAGCACCCAUGGGAUACCCGUUCUCAAAGGAGAAUGACCCCACUAAAUCUGCUUCUGCUUCCCAUGGUGUUUGAACAGUAAAUCCUCCUAGACCAGCCACCAAAGUGCAGCUGAACAUAGCCAGAUGCAUAAAAGGGUCCAUCUGGAGUGGGGAUCUUUCCCCUUUAUUUCACAAUAUGUGCCAUUUCCUUAAGUAUUACAAUCCUCACUUUGGGUAGCCAAGCUGCAGAGCAGCUCUUGAAUCCAAGGCAGGUAUAGCCUGUGUUAUAAAACCUUUAGAAACCCGAUAGAUAGGGCUUACCACUGGCUUCUUACCCUUUGAGCACUAGUUAGUCAAAAAUCAAGAUGGUUUAAAAACAACAGCAUCAAGUGAAGCCAAGGUCAAGCAUAAUCAUUUUCUGUCUAUGACCAACACCAUUUGAUUGUGUUCGCCAUCUAAUCUGUUGAUCCCAAAUGACAGGAUGUAGGGCAUAGUUUCUAUUUAAAUAAUGACAUAUCUUCUAGAAUCUGAUGAUCCCAAAUGCCAGGGUAUAGGUAUACAUUAUAUUUAAUAACUCUAAGUUGGGGAAAUCUGAUGUAUAGGUUGUAAAUAUGUUAAAGUAGACCUCAGUAACUUCUCUUGUUCCAUUUUGGAAAGCCAUGAAAGUUUUGUAGGUCAGUUUCAUAUGUAAAGUAUGCAAAUCUAAUUGAGUAUUAUGUCUUUAAAGAAGAAGCUACCAGAUUUUAAGUAUUAAGAUUGAUUAAAUACCAUUUUGAAUAUCAUUUAAAAAGAGAGUGACUGGAUCUUGAAGGAAUUCAAAUAAUGAUCAUCAUGUUCUUUGGAAAAGUCACUUUUUAUAGAGGAGAGAUAGUUAGAGGUCAGUGGUAGUUGUUUUUUCCCCUCUACCUGCAAACAAAAUUAUUUUAUCUUUUAUCUCUGGAUUGACUUUUCCAUUCCUUCAUGUAAAAAUGCACAUUUUACAUUUAGUGACAAGCUGGGAUAGAUAUAUCAACACCACCACUUUCAAACUUUUUGGGGUGGGGUGGGGGGACUUGGCUUCCAAUUUUAGCUUUCUGACAGUCAGCAGUAGGUAAGAGCUGCUGGAUACAGUACAAGCAAGGGUAGGCAACCUUGCCACUGAUGAAAGCCCCCUCUAUGCAAGCCUUCAGUUCUUGUUCUUCCGGGCUUCUGAAUGGAAUGAUGCCAAGAGCUGGUGAAAUGGUGAGAGGUCAUGAAUGAAACAAGAAUUCAGGGUCUUAAAGACCCUGGAAAAAGGAAAGAGCUAGGAGGUUCAUGGGAGUAAGGAGAGAUGAGAAAGGAUCAGCAAGUGUAACUGGGUAUGGGGUGAGAAAAGUAGGGGAAACAGAAAUCAGGGAGGAAAAGGGGGGCAGGGAAGAGUCAAGUCUUGAAGUUGGAAGAAUGAGUAGGUAUAACAUGGACUGAGCAGGAUCUAAGGCCUUGGUACGUUCUUCAAGGUACCCCAUUGGAGAAAGGGAGUAGCUAGAAAUAAUAGUGCCUUGAAAAAAAGCAGGGGCUACUGAAGAACUCUUAAUUUCUGAGAACUGUGCCUUUAGGUAGCAUAGGGACAAGAAGGAACUUGGUCCUUCUCCCUUGACAUCACUAAAGUCCUGAAAGUGGUGGUUAGAAAAAAUCAUGUGAAAAAGUGGUUAGAUUGUUUGGUGGUAAAAGAAAUAAAGGUGUGGCUGGUUGUUACCAAUACCUUUCUUGAAAGUUGUCACAGAUUAUAGAGUAUAUUUAGUGCUUCCAAUAGUCACUUCUCUUAUGUCCAGAAUGGGACUUUUUCUUGUAGUGUGCUGGUCAUGACUGGUAUAUGGCAUAUAUCUCCUGGCCCAAUAUAACAAAAAGGCUGUCAGGGAACCCCAAGGUAGACAAGGUAGUCCUCAGCCUAGGAAGAAAACAUUAAGAGCCAUAGGUGUGAUUGAGGAGGUAGAGUUAAUGGGACUUGGUCACUGCAUGUUUUUUCCCAGGUUACCAUGUGCCAUAUUGAAGGGUGGGAGUAGAAUUUAGGUCAUAGACAAGAGAGUUCAUAGUACUUAUCUUUAAGAGGAACAGAAAAUCCCAAUAGACUCGUCCUUUCUCCCUCCUUCCCCAUGAUCCCCCUGAUCCUAAAGUUCUGGGGGACUCCAGGACUCCCAAGAAGAAUGUUGCUUCCUGGAAGUCUGUAAGAAGUCUUGUUUUCUCCCAUCUGUCUUAAGAAUUCCAGUCAAAGGAUGGGAGCCAGUGUUCACAGCCACACCCUGGCAGUUUUGGAGGCUCAUUCCAACUUUCUUUCCCUUUUGUUGUGCUAUGUAGAGACAGGACUAGAAUUGCUUCUCGGGGGAUUGGGGAUCUUAGGAGCCCAGCUUCUCUGUGAGCCCUUGUAAUCAUGUGACAAUUUGGACAUACAAGUGCUAUGACCAUAUUCUAUGUACCAGUUGUCCGGAUAUAGUGUUCACCUUUUCCAAUAGGGGUUUGCUGUGAGAGUACCAGAGUUCCUUAGCAUGACCUUCACUACCCUGCUAUUUUCAUCUUUAAUAUUGCCAUCCUGCCUGACUAGAACCGUCUCAUCCCACUGGUAGCUAAAUGACUGAUGACUCAGAUCUAUUAACUCAGCAACUCUUUAUGGGAAAGAAGUGUCUCAAGUCCAGCCAAGCAGGACUAUUAAGAAAAGGGGGUAAGGGAGACAGCUCUGUCCAUUGAAAAUAAAUGAAGUGACCAACCCUAGUUGUAAGAUAAGAAGGCUUCGAAAGUAUUUCAUGAUAACAUUUCUUAAAAUUCCUAUUCUGUUAAUAAGUUUAAUUUCCAAAUUAUUUGCAUUUGAAUAUAGUUGGUGAUUAGCUCACAUCCAUGUACCAGUUUUGCCAGUAGUUAGGGGCUAUCACAUGGGCAAGUCACUAAAUCACCUAGAGGAAGAAUUAGGUGAUCUAUAAGGUCUACUCCAACUCCAGAAUUCCAUGAUUCUUUUGUUCUCUUAUAGAUAUAGAUAUACAAAUGAUUACUUUACCCACUUAUCUCUUUAAUGACUAACCAAAAGAACCUUCUCACUAAUGUUUUAGUAGCUCUCUGAAAAACACAUUCUUAAUUUUUUUUAAAAAAGGAGACAAUUGGACCAAUGCACAAUGCUGUGACGACAAUCAUCAGAAAAUUGUUUUUGUGUGAGUGUGAUUUAUGAUUAUUUGCAUUUGAGAACAUCUUUUUACAAUGCUAAUAGAUAUGUGUUCAGCUCAGUUUUCUGCUUGGCCAUAGUUUAGUUGCUGUUCUUUAUCACCAGAAAGAUAUAUUUUCAUUGCAGCUACCUCUAUGUAUAUGAAACUGUAAACACCAAGAUCAUUUUUCAAUAAACAAUGUCCAUCAACUUCCA